AUGGCCAAUCACCCAUUACACCCAGCCGCCGUUCACUGGCCAAUCGCACUGAUCAGUACAGCUUUUGGAGUUGACUUAUUGAAUGCUUUCCAUGCAUAUAUCCCAGCAGCUGCACUCAGUUAUCUCCCUGAAUCCACCGAGCUUACUAUCAUUUCAUACUAUGCUCUGUCCGCUGGCCUUCUGAGUGGAGUUGGCGCUGUCGUGACGGGCGUUGUCUCGGCCGGCCGAAUGGUGAUGAAGCAGGGUAGUAUUCUUGAAGCAGACAAGAAAACCCUGAGACCCAAGUUCAAGACAUUGUUUGCUCACGCUGCUUUGAAUGACCUCGCUCUUUUGACUGGAGCAGGAUACUGGUGGGUGCGCCGACAGUCGGGUGGUCCCGUGUACGUGCCUGAGGGUCGAUUGCUUGGGCUGGGCGGCGCUCUGGUCGCGAUUCAGCUAUUCGCUGCUAGCCUUGGUGGUACCUUGGUAUAUGGCUACGGUGCUGGUAUCGGGCGCGCCAGGCCGAAGGGCAAAGCGCAAUAA